AUGCCAUCCGCAAAAGAGUCGGCUCCUAAGAUGAGAGUAUUGAUGCUCCAUGGAUACACGCAGAAUGGCACUCUCUUUCACGCAAAAACACGCGCCCUAGAAAAGCUCCUGCUGAAGACGUUUCCGGGAAUCUCCCUAAGCUACCCCACAGGACCUCUACAGCUGAAGCCAAGUGACAUUCCAGGCUUCAACCCCAGUACCAGCGAGGAUGCCGACAGUAUUGAAGCCUAUGGAUGGUGGCGUCGGGCAGACACCUCCGAUCCUCCGGAGUAUGCCGGACUUGACCAAGGCCUGGACACGGUGGCCAACCUUAUUGAGACAGAAGGUCCAUUUGAUGGGGUCAUCGGUUUCUCUCAAGGCGCAGCUCUAGCGGCAAUGGUCGCAUCAUUACUCGAAGGAGAUUCACGAAAGCAGGCAUUCAAAAAGGCUCAGGCGAGGUCACCUCUGGCGAUCCCCUAUCCCGCGGCCUUCGAGAGAUUGGACCACCCCCCUCUGAAGUUUUGUAUAGCGUAUUGUGGAUUCAUUGCGCCCGGGGAGAGAUACCGAGGCUUUUACGAAGAUCCGCACAUUCAGACCCCGGCUUGUCACUUCAUCGGCAGUCUCGACAGCGUGGUGGAGGAAGCGAGAACACAGUCCUUGGUGAAUGCCACUGGCGGCCCUGAAAAGACACAGGUUGUGACGCAUCCUGGCGGGCAUUUUGUGCCGAGCGGGAAACAGUAUCUUGAGAUUGUCGCAGCCUUCAUCAAGCAGAAUAUGGCGUCACCACAGGACAAGGGGGAAGAGGAAGAGAGGGUAGAAGACAUGGAUGUCCCGUUUUGA